AUGGUCCAGUGGGAUGAAGAAUGCCAAGGAGCAUUUAAAACAAUCAAGAUGCAUCUGACCAGUCCACCAGUCCUAAUCCCUCCGACACCUAGGAGACCCCUCUUUCUGUAUCUCGCGGUUAUAGAAACUUCACUUAGAUCCUUGCUUGGACAGGAAGACAAAGAUACUCACAGAGAGAGGGCUAUCUUCUACUUGAUCAAGAAGUUCACUAAAGGAGAGUCGAGAUACCCUGAAGUGGAGAGAUUUUGUUGUGCCCUAUUGUGGGUAGUACAACGUCUCUAUCAAUAUACGUUGUACUACACCAUCCGACUCAUUUCAAAGGUCGACCCCCUGAGAUACCUCAUGGACAAGCCCUCUUCAAUCAUAAAUCUCACCAAGUAG